GCGUAAGCUCCGACACUUGGAUUAUCAAAAAAAAAAUUAAAAACCAUGAAUAUAAUUCAUGUGUGACUUUAUCUCUGACUACUCUUGCGGUCUUGCCACCUCAAUUUCCAACCCCACCAUUCUUCUUGUUGUACCAUAAAAACCCUAAAUCUUCAAGAUCAGCGGAACAAGGUAAGUUAAUUCAUGCCGUUUUGUUUGUUUUGAUGUUUUCUCUAAGCGCUUUCCGAAUAUACUAACCGCGAAAUCCAAAGAGUGUGUUCUGCGAUUUUCGUUCAAGUAUAAGUAUAUAAAUCGAAGCAUAUGUAGAUUUAAAGAAAGGGGUGCGAGCUUGCGGGGAGAAGAUUUUGUGAAAAUAUGGAGGAUUCUGAAGAUGAAGGAAGGUACUCACAUAAACCCAGUUCUGUCUACAGCCUUUCUUCUCGAUCAAGACGCACAAUUAGGAAUCCUAGCUCUUAUCCUAGAAAUGGAAAUUAUAAUAAGUACAAAAACGAAUAUGAAUAUGAUGAUACUGAAGACUCUGAUGAAGGAGAAGAUGAUCCAGAGUUCAAUGGAGCUGAGAAUGGGUACGAUAUCAGGAACAAGAAGAAAAGAAAGAUGGAAUCUUUAGUAUCAAAUUAUGAGUUCGCCCCUCGUACUGCGGGUAAUUCGCAAGGACCUGCCAUGCGAGGCAGCGGGAGUUCGAGGGGGUGGAGUGAGGAGGAUAGUUUUAUGCUGUUGGAUGUGUGGGGCGAGAGAUAUUUAGAGUUGGGGAGGAGGAGCUUGAGAGGUGAGGAUUGGGUGGAUGUAGCCGAGAAGGUGUCAGAGAUGAUUGGGGUGGAAAAGGGUGAGAUUGACUGUAGGAAUCAGUUGGAUGUGUUGAAGAAGAAGUACAAGAAGGAGAGGGAGAAGAUGGAGAAAAUGGGUGGUGCGUUUUCAAGCAAAUGGUCUUUUUUCAAGAAAAUGGAUGUAUUGAUGAACUUGAGGAUGAAAGGGCAUUGUGGGUUAGGUUGUGGGGUUGAUUCCGGGGAAUAUGUUUUUAUGGACCCUCGGAUGUACUUAGACAGGUCCAACGUGAUGGAUGAGAUGAGGGACAGUCCUGUGGGGUCAGACAUAGAAAACGAGGAAGGGAAAGAAGAGGUGGGAGGGGAUGCAGGAUGGGUAGAGGAAGAUGAGGAAUCUGCCAAGCUGUUAGCAGAGUCUAUUCAAAGGUUUGGGGAUAUAUAUGAGAAGAUUGAGAACAGCAAGAGGAAACAAAUGAUGGAAUUGGAAGAGAUGAGGUGGGAUUUUCAGAGAGACUUGGAGAUGCAAAAGAAGCGAAUUGUUGAGAGGGCACAGGCUGAAAUUGCAAAAAUAAGGGAUUCAGAUUGUAGCAGCGGGGAUGAUGGUGAUGGUGAGGAUGAUGGUGAUGACAACCACAAGAAUGAUUACGAUGAUGAUGAGGAUGAUGAUGAUGGUAAUGAUGAUGAUGAUGAUGAGGAGGAGGAGGAGGAUAAUGUUUCAACUGAGAAGCUGAAUGGGUGAUGCAGCUUGAAGUUGGAACUUGGAAGAAGCCAGUUGGAGAGUCACACACAUUCGUUCUUCAACAACUUCUUUUGUACGUUAUGCAACUAAUGGACAAAUCAUAACGAGUACUACAUAAAUUGGAUUUUGUUGGUGGAUUCACAUUAUUGUGACGGAUGAAGUUCAUCGUAGUUUAAGUGCCCAUUUUCGUAGCUUGCCAUAAUGGUAUUUCUACUUGCCAGAGAAUAUUUUUACCGAACACCAACUUAAUUGAUGCCUUUAUUGAAUCCGCUAGUAAUAAGAAAACCAGUAGGCGACAAUGGAC